GAGGAAAAUAGUAGAGGAAGAAAUGUUGGCACUGUUCUCCAGGAAAUCAGAUGCAGUCAGGGGAAGAGCAACAAGCUGCGCACUUCUUUUUCAUGUUUUCAGCUGCUGUGCAUGUACUCGGGGCUUUUGUAAAUCUUUUCCUGGCUGCAGUGGAAUCUUAACUUAUUGUCAAGUUGUGCAAGAAAGAUAUUGAUCCAGGAGUACUGCUAAGCAACUACUCUGCAAGAGGACAGCCAGAUCUGGGCCAGCAGCUCAACGUUGCCAGCAACUGAUGUUUUCUUGAUACUGGACAGAAUGUCAAGAUAUUUUUCUUUGUGGGUGUUUUUUGGCGCACUAUCUCCCCUUCUGCUGGCUGUAGGGGCAUUUGAAUGUUCAGAGAAGGAAACGUUGCUGAAACCAGUCCCCGGCCAUAUGUCGGUGACACAUCUAACGGACUGUUUGAUGGAGUGCACUGGGAUGACAUACAUCAAGAAACUGCAGCUUCAGGACAAUCAUAAUAUACGACUCACAGAUUCCACAGAAGGAGACCUUGGGGAAUACUGUUGGUCUAAAGAGCUCAAGUGUACCAUUGGAGAGAGCUUUCUUCGUGCCUAUGUGGUGCUGCCUGUGGAUGUAUCUAAAGUUGGACAUGAAAUGCUGGAAGUCAAAGUCACUGCCCCCACUGCCACUACGCUUCUUGCACACAACAGCCCCACGACAAUCGCAGACAAUUGUGGCCUCCGAUACGACGUCACAGCGCACUUCAACACAGGGAUGGUGGGGACGUCGUUCUGCGUGCAGGUUGCCACACAGGAAGAUGUUCUGGGGGACAAUGUUCUUAAAUGUCCUCCUUUCCUGGUCACCUUCUGGCAGAGAAGCCCAAAUCAGUCCAACCAAGAAGGUGGAGGAUAAAAGCUCAGUGAUGGAGGAAGUAUUCCGAUCUAUCACUUAAAUAAAAGUACUAAUACUGCACUGUAAAAAAUAGCCUACUCCUGCAUUGGAAAUGUUACUUGUAAGUAUAAUUAGUAUUAAAAGUAAAAGCACUCAAUGCAGAAAAGUGGCCCCUGUGAGUGUUAUACUAUUAUACAUCACAUUAUUGUAUUGUAUUAAUGUGUUAGCAGCAUUUUAAUUUUGCAGUUAGUUGUUUUUGAACUAUCUUAUAAAAGGUUGCUGCAACUCAUGAUUAUUAAUUUUGUAAUCUCUUUAUUUUUUCAAUCAAUUGAUCGAUUGUUUCAUUUGUAAAACUUAAAAAAUAGUGAGCCAAGUUCUCAGAGCCCAAGUGGCAACUUGACGAUGCUCGUUUAGUCCAACAAAAGCACAAAAUGAAAAAGAAAUAUUACAAAUAAAUCUACUUUAAUAAAAUAAUAAGAAAGAAAAACAGUAAAGCCUCAUAUUUUUAAAUGUUUUACAAAAAAAAGACUGAUCAAUUCAGCUACACUUGUAUACACUGUACACUUUAAUCUGUAACAGGGUGUCAUAUUGUAUAAGCUAUUCAUAACAUAACUACUAAAUAUAGCUGUCAAAUAAAUGUAAAAGGUACAAUGUUUCCCUUUGAAGUUUAGUGGAGAAGUGAAACGUCAUAAAAUAGAAAUAAUCAUCUAAAGUACAAGUACCUCAAAUUUGUGCUGAAGUGCAGUAGGUAGAGUAAAUGCAUUUAGUUACAUUCCACCACUGUAUAUUCUACAACGAUCACUGACAGUCAGUAUAUUGGUUGUUUCUAACAUGAUAGGUUGUCAAACCUUAUCUGAAUGUGUAAGUUUUGCUUGUGUUAUAACCAUAAUAACCAAAUCUAGCAGCUGUCUCACAGAGUUGAACUUUCCACUUUCAGUUUUUUUGUUGUGUGUGUUAGAUUCUUAUAGACAAGAUAUUUUCAUUGCCUUUUUUCAUUGGCUACAAACAUUUAGAUCACAUAUCUGUGUUGAUAAUGAUCCACUAUGGAUACUUUGAUGAUGCGAAUUACUUGGCGUUUAUGAAUCCGGCUUUGCCGAGCACAAAGAGACGUUUGCUGAAAACCUGCAAGACACAGUGCUCUGCUGGAUUCAACGGAAACUAAAGUGAUGGAAAAGUUCUCUGUUCAAUGAAAAAUGUAUAUAUGUUAAUGGUUGUGUUUAUAGCAAUGUUAAAUCACUUUAUUUUCCUUUUUCAGUCACAUGUUUAUUGUGUUUGUGUGUUUGACUGUUGAGAAACACUCAAAAACAUUAUUGUAACCUUGUGUAGACUGAGAACCUACUGUUGUAAACCCAAUUCAUAUUACAGUUCAUGCAAAACAGAAUAAGUAUAUACUUAUACAAACAGUGAACUAAUAAGUUUGGGCUAAUUGUACUUGGAUUUUUGAGAUCUACUACUAUAUUUGGAAUACUGCUAUUAUAUACAGUAUUAUAUGUGCAGUGUGCAUCCUGUAUGUGUUUGUUUGGUUACUGUACACAUGUGCCAUGUCAGUAUGUGCUGCUCUGGUUGUCAUAUAAUGCACAUACGUUCACCAAAAACAAAUUUUACCUGCUGUUGAUGUAUAUGUUGGCUAUUGUGCGCACAAGAAAAGAUAUAGUGACACCUACUGGUUAUCAUUUGGAGUAAUAAAGGUAUCAGACUGCAGUCCUGCACAGUAUUCAGCCUCUGGAUGGCACGCUUGUGUCAGAGCAGUAUUGUGUGUUUGUUCGUGUGUCUGUGUCUGUUUGUGAGUGUGUGUGUGUGUCACGAAAACUGUGAGUGAUAACGUGGAAAAAGUUAAACUAUUUACUCCAAUACCAAUACACUUCACACAAUCAAAAUGAUCCAUGUCAUUGACCAAUCAUUGCCCUCAGUCAGUCCAUAAGAUUAAAUAUUAAAACCCUGGAUUGAUGCAGUUUCUGUGACAGUACACUGGGUGGGUGUACACUACUGCUUAAUUAAUACUGUGUUCAAUAAAGCCCAACCUAUACACUCUGAAUCUACAUUUCCCUCCAUAACAGACCUCUAAGAUAGUUAAACCUGAAUAUCAUGAAUGAGUUUGAGUGAGCCACAGUUUUUAGUUUUCAAUACUUAUAUUGGAUAUUUCUUAUCACCAUCAUUAGGCCCCAACUUUUAUAUCUUUAUACUGGCUACAGUCUUAAAAUUCUCAUGGUGCAUUCAGCUGUCCUGAGCCUCCAGUUAGGUCUAAAUGAAGUAAGAUGAUGUCGGUGUGCUGUGUUGGCAGACGGCCAGUAUCGGCACCCACCCAGGGUGAGUGUCCAAUAACAGACGUUACUGCACAGCCUGUGCUUUAGGCCUGCAUUAAAUCACAUACGUGCUGGUGUCAGUGCUCCAAGAACAGCAGACACAGGCUGCUCGAUUCUUUUGUGAUGCACUUCAUCAGCAUGUUCAUCCUACAUGUCUUGUUGAAGUGUGUUAAAUGAUUUAUCUGUUUUCUGCCCCAGGCUAAUCUGUGAAAUCUACAGGAGACAUCACAACCACUGCCAGGUUUGGGCUCUGUGUCAUCAAAUCUGAACUCACUCACCAGAACUGGCACCAAGGUGGCAGAGUGAGUCAGAAGACUUUAUGAUCUGCUCCAGUGUUUCUGGGCAGGAAAGUGAAUCCCUGCCAGCUCCAGAGGUCCUGCUUUGUUAGCUGGAAACAAGUGAAGAAAGGAACCGUCUUCGCCUCCGUGCAUGGGAACAGAGGAACCAAGAAACAAGUGAAGCCAAAGAACUCAACCCUGAGAAUGUUCCACUCUUUGGGGAGCCAUACAAGACAAACAAAGGGGAUGAGCUUUCCAAUCGAAUCCAGAGGAUGCUGGGCAGUUAUGAAGAUGUGAAUAAUCCGUAUCCCUUUGCCGUGGAGCCUUCACCCAUUCCUUCUUAUGUAACCUUUUCACAGUCAGAUCAGGGACAGCCAAACACAGAUAAACCAACCAAACCUUCAUUCCAAAACCAGGUCCAUUACAUGCCCACUGAAAAUCAGAAAGCUCCCUCUGUUAACGGUUACUCCUCUCAGCCCACGAGGACGUCCACUGCCACUUCUUCUCCUAACCACCGUGGACAUUCAGCAACUUUCUCAAAUGCGUCUUUGAACCACAGUCAGCUCAGCCACUCAGCAAAGAAGAGUGAAGCCCACUCAGAUCUCAGGGAGCGUGUCAGCCUUCCCCAGGAAAUGUCUUCUCAGUCUUCUGAUAUUAAGCCACCACCCUUCCCACAUUCCAGUGACCAUGAUAAUACUGACAUGGACACUAAGGACACCUUUGAUAGACGUCAGCAUCAAGGGUCCACGGAUCAUCCCUCAGAGUCUGCCAGCAUUACGGAUGUUUCCACACUUAACCUUAAACAGUCCCCCAAAGAUGCAUCUCUGCCUCACACUAACAAGGGCAACACACUACCUUCCCAAACCUUCCCUUCUCUCCUGUCGUCAAAGCAGCCCAGUGUAGUCAUGACCCAGAAGCCAACAGCGUAUGUGCGGCCCAUGGAUGGUCAGGACCAGGUGGUCAGCGAGUCACCUGAGCUGAAGCCUUCACCAGAGCCAUAUGCAUCUCUACCAGAGUUAAUCAACAAAUCUGAGCUGGGAAAAACGAAGAUACUGCCACAAUUUUUGGAGACAAGGACAAAUGAAGUUCAGUGUGUCGAAGACAUCUUGAGGGAAAUGACCCGCUCAUGCCCACCCCUCCUGACAGCUAUACACACACCUAGCACAGAAGAACCCUCCAAGUCCCCGUUUCCAGCCAAGGAAGCAGAGCAUGUCUCCUCAUGUCCAGGAAAAAAAAAUUAUGAGUCCCCUCCUGCCAAUCCAUCCCAGCUAAUCCAGCAGAGCUCCUCGUCUAGUUCAUUUGAAGCAACACAUUCCAGAGGGGUAGAGUCCACCAGCUCCAGUGACUCAGAGAGUAGUUCAAGAUCAGAGUCAGACAGUGAAAGCACCGUCGAGGAGCCACCUCAGCCCCCAGCGAUCAACUCCAUCAAACCCGAGCCUGAUGCUCCAGCAGUAACCCACGUUGACUGGCAGUUGGGGAACUGGAUCCGGUCCAGCCAGCAGAACUCCAGCACUGAGAGUCAAAGUGGUGUACAUGCCUCUGAGAGCCCCGCUCACAAACAGCCACCACCCACUCAAAGCUCCAAGCACUCACUCAGUGUAGAGGUGGUCAACCCCACCAAGGAGUCUAAACCUCAGCUGUCUUCUUACCGGAAAAAGUUGCCCGGUAGGCUUAUGAAGCCCCAGCAGCACAGUGAGAACCCUCAGGACAACUAUAACCAUCAAAGUAGCCACGAAGCCCCCUCUGCUGAUUUGAACAGCUGUAGCAGUUCCAAGAAACUUUCAUGCAACACAUACUCCUCAAAACCAACAAAGGCAGGUUGCCCAGAUCGCACUGAAGCAGCUGUCAGCGUGAAGUGUGAGGAGGUUGUCGCCACCCGAGACAAAGACCCCUGUUUCACAGAUAGACCCAAGGUGAAGACGAAAGCAGGACAUAGCAAGAAAAGCAAGGACAGCAGUGACACUAAAAGAGACAGUAAGAGGACUUCUAAACACAUGUCACUUGACAAGCAGAAGGCUGUAUCAGAGCCUCAAGUCACAGUGGUCCUGUGUGGUCACUGUCCUUCAUGUGGUGUACGAUAUCCUGACCCCUGUUCCUGCCCCACACAAAGUCUUGCUCAGCCUGACCAGCUGUCCCCCGCCCCUUUGCUCAGAAUCAGUUGUACCAAACAAACAUCAGAGACCAUCGGCCAGAAGGGCACCAAGAUUCCUCACAAAACAACCCACAAGCACUCAGAGAAGACUGGGCAGAAAGCCAAGAGCUCUCGGGACCACCACAGUCCUCCUAGAUCCCUGCUGGUGAGGAUUGAUCUGAGUUUGCUCUCAAGAGUCCCCUGCACCUCCGGCAACCACCAGAAGAUACCCAACAAUGCAAAGAGACCAGCACUGGUUAUAGAGCAAAAUGGAGGGGGCAGUGAUGCUUCUGCGGUACACAAACUCACCAAAACCAGCAAAAAGAGUGUAUCUCAAAAUGCUGAGAUAGACAAUGCAACUCUUCCCAGGAAGAAACAGAGGCUGGAAAACAAGAAUACCUCAUCAGCUCAUGUGUCAGUCAAAAUGGAACAUUCUGGCAAUUCAACAAAGGACCGGGAGCCAAAGAAGGCCGAGAAAAAUCCUGUUCCUUUGCAGAAGCCUCAGACACCCAAAGAUGCUGCUAAAGGCCCAAAGUUGCACAAACGCGGUUCAGGGGAGACGCAGGAGCUCAGUAAGGAGGCUGUAAAGAGAAAAGAGUCAAGCAAGCACAAGAGUAGCAGUGGAAAGCACACAGAGCACCCACACUCUGAAAAGAAGCCCCGCAAGAGCAGCCUUGCCGUCACAUCAUCCUCACAGCCUGCCAGGGAAGCUUUGAGCAACAGGCCCCUGCUCAGAUUGGAAGACAGACAGUAUCCAGUGAAGCACUACAUAAAGGAGGCCAAAAAGCUGAAGCACAAAGCAGACGCAGAGUCAGAUAAGCUCAGCAAAGCGUUCAACUACCUGGAUGCUGUCAUCUUCUUUGUUGAAAGUGGCAUUGCGAUGGAAAAAGAUCCACAAAUUUCAAUGUCGUCCUACACUAUGUUUGCAGAAACAGUGGACCUGCUCGGGUUCGUACUGAAACUUAAAAACUCAGUGGACGCCUCUGCUACACCCUCAGAAAAGGACUUUUUAGUUUUAUGCUUGAAGUGCCAGUCUCUCCUGCAGAUGGCCAUGUUUUGCCAAAAACACAAAACUGCACUCAAGUAUUCAAAGACCCUCACCUAUCACUUCAGCAACUCAACACAUGAGCCCCCUGCAGUUACAUCAAGAGUCACAGUCACACCCUCCUACACGCCCAACAUGCCUUCUCCAGCCAACUCAUGCAGCAGCUUAGGUCCCAGCUCCAGCCACAGGGGCAGCGGGUUGGCUGCGGACCCUGUCAGCAGCACCGUGGCGGUUCCCCAGUCCAUUGGACAAAUGGCAGUCACCUACGUCAACAUCACUACGUUAUUCUUGAGCGCUUAUGACAUCUGGGAACAGGCGGAGGAGCUGGCGCAAAAAGGCAGCGGUAUGCUGACAGAGCUGGACACAGUUAUGGGUCCUUUAAGCCUCACAUCAAGUAUGAGCUCUAUGGUCCGUUACAUGAGACAAGGUGUCCACUGGCUAAGGCUGGAAAGUCGAAAGGUAGAGUGACCCAGCGACCUGCCCCCAUCACUGAACACCUGCAAAACCCUUCAAGCUGCCUGUCACUACCUUUACUGCACCUCACUGUGUUUAACUCUGAUACCGACCUGGACCUGGACCUGGACCUGGACCUCUGCGCCAAUUUUCUUCACUUCACAUGGACAUGAACUCAUCUCAUUGUGAAAAGGUAGACAAAGAUCUCCUCUCAUGUGAUGUGUGUUCUAAAGGAUACCACACUGAUCAUUGCACUUUUUAUUUUGGUUUCUCUUUCUUUUUCUCUGGUAACUUUCUGAGCUGGGUCAAAUCUGUUGUAAUAAAUGUAUUUCCUCGUCACCUUACUGUUCCUCUGUCAGCUGAUGUCAUGGAAUCAAUAGUGAAUCAGGGCUCUUUAUUCAGGAGUGACCUUACUAAUUUGGGAUGGAGGAUGCACAUGAAAUAUAACCAAAACUACCAUUUGGUGGCUUUAUAAUUCUCCCCAGCCUCAUCAUGUGGUUGUGGUGCAAGUCCAGACACAGAUCUUAUUUAUUACCCCAACUGUUGUUAUUAAUGUCACUAUAAGGCACUAAAAUCAUUGCUUAAAUGAACCGUGAUUUUUAUUUAAUUUAUCUUAAAAAGAGAUGAAGUUCCCCUGUCUCAGUCUGAAAGGUUUGAUUUUGGAUUCAGGGAUUUUUGUAUUUUUUAAAAUUCUGCAUUUCAUUUCUCCCACAAAUCAGCGAGGAAGAUCACCCCUGAGAAUUCUGGUGUGCAUGAAUUAAUUUCUUAUCACAUUUGUACAGGUGACACGGUCUAAUCUUGACUACGUAUGAAAAAGAGACAAGUCAAAUGUGGGGACAUUGUUGCACAAGCACCUGAUAAUUAUAUUAAAUUAGCAUUAGUUUUAUUCAUUUUAAGCUAAUCCCUUGUUGGCAUCUGUAUUUUCAGUUUUUUCAGAUGAGUGUUGCCAGAUUCCCACAGCUCUGGUUAGACUGAAACACACCUCUUGUGCAAUAAUAAGUGCAUUAUAAGAAUAAAACAAACAGGAAAAAAGUGCCAUACUGUUAAUUAGAUGUCUGUCCUCCUGACACAUACAUGUUGAAUGUAGAUUGAAUUGCGUAUAGAUUGAGAGUGUUGCUGAUAACAACGAUACAUGGGACAUGAAUAAUGAGAUAAGGAGGAAGAGUAGGGAAGGUUUUAUGAUUUCAGGGGAGACUUACCUGUAUGACAUUUUCAGACUGACAGCUGUUCGGUCUUUAAUGAAUAAGGAAGUCAUUGUGUGUGAGGUGUAAGUGUAGCAUCAGUGGAAUUUCAAGGCAUAAACAUUUUGUUGUUUGCAUCUGGACUCUUGUUUGUGUCGUAAAGAAUGAUGAUUGAAAAUGUCUUGGAACUUAAAGACACUAAUUUCUGAUGGAUCUGUUGUUAUGAUCGUUGAUGGCUGCAGCUCAGUGACUCCUUUGUCAGACCAGAGAAGACUAGAUUUUAUUCUUGUCAUCCAGUUAAAAGAAAUUUGCACUUGUGCCCUCCUUCUAAUGGAAAUCAUACCAACAUCAAAGUGAAGUAACCAUCUUUAAGAACAAAAAAGGAGGGGUUAUGUUUACAUCUUCGACUCUCCUGAGGUAUAGUGGUGGAUAUAGAGGUUAGCAUCGGCCGUGUUUGUCAGUUUGAGUCACCUUUCACGUGUGGUGGGACGACCACAGUCGUUCAGAGGAUAUGAAACUACAGUAGUGUUCCCUUUAUUUGUUUUUGCACCAGUAAGCUGCUUUUCAUCUGUUUCCCACACUUUUGUUGAGUAGCGAAUGUUAAGUUGCAAUAUGUUUACUAAAAUCUGUGGGAGUAGAAUAAAUGGCCAAAAUGAUAGCUUACUAAAGAAUGCACUUUGAGUAUUUGUAGUUAAUUUCAGUGUGGACAAAAGAACACCACUUUCCUAAGACCGGCGGGACUGUGCUAGUCUUUACUCUUGUUUAUUGUAACUUUGAUUCAAAGCAAUAAAGUGAGCUCAAGUUUUUUUAGCGGUUCGUUGACGUAGAUAUCACAAGUUCUUAUUGAUACACAGGGGGAUGCUGAAAUAAUCAGGGUAAUAUCAGUGAGAAAAGAAACAGUGCUUUAGAGGAGUACGUUUCUUGAAUCGAGCACCAUUGGGUUUUGAAAUGUUUUGCUUGUUGAAUCAGUUAGUGUGUCUGUGCAAUUACGCGAUAAAAGGGCUAGACGAGGAUCACAAAGUGUCCCUGAAUUUAUUUUCUCACAUAAAUGACAAAGUGAUAUUUUUUUUAAAGUAAGGAGCAAGUGCACAGGUGCCAUGGCAUCUGGGGUUAUUUUUACGUACCGAUCAUCAGCCGGCUGUUCUAGAAAUGAUCUUUAGACUUUUCUCUUUUUUUUUGUUAUUGCACACGAGGUCAUUUUGGCACUUGAAAUUCAUAACUUGUGCAACUUCAACUGUUUUCUUGUCUUUUUCAACCUGUGGCUUUAUUUCCAUCAUUCUCGACUGUUGGUGCUUCAUUUAUGAAUUAAUCUGCAACAAGUUUACACUUCUUGUCCAAAUAAUUAUUUACUGGAAAAAAUGUUCGGAAAGGUUUUUGAAGGAUGGGAUUUUUUUUCCUUUUUGUGAAAUAUGUAAAGAAUUUGUGUUGCAGUGUACAGAGAUGAAUAAACACUGGAAAUUAA